UGUACAACAGACGGUGGUGUCACUGUUGCAUUUUCACAGUUUACAGAGAGCUUUUCUGUGGAGAAAAAAAAAAGGAAAAAAAAGGGAGCUUUCCUGUAUUCAUCAAUGAUGGAGAGUUUGAGCCGUGCUAAUAGCGCCUUUGCCCUGGACCUGUACCGGGCCAUCAGCGCAGGGAACCCGAAUGGAAACCUGUUCAUUUCCCCGCUGAGCAUCAGCGCCGCACUCAGUAUGGUCUACUUAGGAGCCAGAGGAGGAACUGCUGAGGAAAUGGCUCAGGUUCUAUCCUUCAGUUCAGUCCCUGAUGUUCACACCCACUUCAAGACCCUCAACUCUGCCAUUAACAGCCCCAAAGCCUCCUACAUCCUCCAACUGGCCAACAGGCUUUAUGGAGAGAAGACUUUCAAUUUCUUGUCUGAAUAUGUGGACUCCACUCAGAAGUUGUACCAAGCUGACAUGCAGGCAGUAGACUUUAUUGGAUCGUCAGAAGAGUCACGGAAGGUCAUCAACCAGUGGGUAGAAGAGAAGACUGAGGGUAGAAUCAAAGAUAUUAUGCAGCCAGGAAUGGUCACACCAAUGACUCGACUUGCCCUGGUGAACGCAAUUUAUUUCAUGGGGAAAUGGAAGCAUGUGUUUAAAACUAUAAACACUAAAGAGAUGCCCUUCAAGAUAAACCAGAACAAGACAAAGCCAGUGCAGAUGAUGUACCAGACGAAGAAAUUCCUCUACAACUACAUUGAUGAGUACAAGCUGCAGGUACUGGAUUUGCCAUAUUUGGAUGAUGAACUCAGCAUGGUGGUGCUUUUGCCUGAGGAGUCUGUGGAUGGCUCAGACCCACUUCAGAAGCUGGAGAGCGAACUAUCAGUGGACAAGCUGACAGAGUGGACAAAUCCAGAGAAGAUGGACAGAAGGACUGAUGUUGUUGUCCAUUUGCCCAAAUUUAAGCUGGAAGAGCAGUACUUUUUAACAGAUAUCCUGAGUAAGAUGGGCAUGAGCUCUUUGUUCCAGGCCGGUGCUGCAGAUUUGACAGGCAUGAGCAGCCAAGAAGGCCUUUUUGUAUCAUCAGUGAUCCACAAAGCUUUUGUCGAGGUUAAUGAGGAAGGCACAGAGGCAGCAGCAGCAACCACAGUUUUUAUGGUAGGAUCAUGCAGGGUAUUAAAGAAGUAUUACUUUAUGGCAGACCAUCCCUUCCUAUUCUUCAUCAGGCACAACCCUACUAAAAGUAUUAUCUUUUUUGGGAAGUUCAGAGGUCCACAGUAGAGCUGUACUGUACAAACCAUAAAAGGCAAGACUUUAUUUUGUUUGGAAGUGUUUAUCAAUACAAAUAAUAUGCACAAAAAAGUGUUAAAUGUAUUUGAAAUGCAUAGAGGUAACUUUUGGAUAAUGUACAUUGCUUUUAUAUACUGACUAGUGCUACGUAUUAUUUUACUGGAUAUACUAACUCUAACUGUCAUGAUCUCUAGGAAAAAAAAGCGAACACAGAUACAGAUGUGGUUUUUAUUUUCCACUUAAAGUCCACACAUAACAAAAAAAGGAAAACAAAAGAUACUGAGGUUGGGUCUGCAGGCGGGUUGGGUUAGAAAUGGCAAGAAAUAAACAAACAAAAGAAAUAACAACUCAGUCGGGAUUGGGACCCCGCGGGCUGAGUCUCACUUAGCCUUGACCUUGACCGUGAUGACGUUUCCUUUUAACCCACACGACGUACCCGUCCCUGCAGACACCGAUCAGUCCUGGAGUAACAUAAACAAACAUGUGAUCAGUAAAACAUGACAAAACACAAUGGUGCAUAGCAGUGAAAAGACAAGGGGCUACGGGUUCAACCGGAAUAAAUAGGGAGACACAUGUGGUAGACACAGGUGAACUUGAUUUAGUGCUAAAGAUAUAUAGUGAAACAAGUACACGCGUAGACACACUAGGGGAAGACAAAGCGGCGGCUCAGUAAUGCGGCGAGCCAGAUCUUAUUCCCCAAGGCUGAGGUGGGCCAGGUGUGACACUAACAACAAGGAAAUAUAAUAAACCUGUUAAAAUGUAGCGGUACAACAGAAUGAAAUAAACUAAAUGAUUUAAAAAAAGAUUUGUUCAUUUUAAUAAACGAGAUUCAAACAACCAGAAGUAUAAAUCACUAAAAUGAUUCAAACUUUCCAUCACUACCGCCAUGAGAAGGAAUCAAUGAUCCAGAUAUUUCCAGUUUCUAUACCAAACUGAAUAACCCUCUUUGAAGGUAUAUCAAGAACACCAUAUUUCUCCUAAAUUUACUCUGCCAUUGCUUAAAUUAAUUGAUGAUCUAAUAAGGUUGCACUAUGAAGAAGAAAUGCUUCUCAUUACGGUACACGAUGGCUCCCUUAUCAGUCCAACUCGGUAUUCCAGCGUGUUCGAAGCUCCAUACACUGAUAAGCAUGGAUUGUACUGUAGAGGGUUUCAGUCAGAUUGCUUUAUCUGGGCGAAAGUUAUUAUAGAAUAUUCAGAGUUGUUUCGAGUGAAUCACUGAGUACCUGUACAGUACAUGUAGCCCACAGGAUGGCACCAUUGAGUUCUGUAAGGUAAGGGGUGAUAGCUAAGAAUAAUGAGUAAGGCCAGAUCUGAGAGUUGAGCAAUGCAGAGAAGCAGAGACAUACAGUAAGGCAGAGUGGAAAAAUACAUAAAUAGUUUUUUUAUUUAGUUGGAAAGAAAUUGAAAUCAGAAUGGUGAGUAAAAGUCACUAUAAUUGCUCUAAUCAAUAAUUGCACUAACCGCUACUUGCUAAAUAUAAACAACCACUUGCACCAAUAGACAGCACCCUUUAAAUAUUUCAUUCUCUCUCUUUCUCUCUCAUUUAUGUACUGUAUAUACGAUCCUGGAGAUUCACCCUCAGGACCAGUGGCUGAUCCACUUUGGUUUUAAUUCAUAAUAUCUAAGUAAUUAUGUAAUUAAUAAUA